AUGUAUCGCCUAAAAACAAAGCCUGAGGAGAUUUUCUUCUGUCUGCACCUUUCCAGUGAGGAUAACACAUGGGAGCCUCAAGACAACCUGGACUGCCCCGACCUUAUCACAGACAUGCAGUCCCUUCGAAACGAGUCGGAUGAAGUGAAAGCCCAUGUCCAGUACCAACAUGAAUUCAAAGAAGCUUGUAUCCUGGCCCUGGGAGAAACCUGGCUGGGAGAAGCUGACUCGGACGCUGGCAUUGCAUUAGAUGGUUUCAGUGCUCCUGUUUGCAUGGACCGGGUUGCAGCGAGCAUUGGAAAGUCGCGAGGGGGCGGGGUGUGCCUGUACAUAAAUGAGCGCUGGUGUAAAACAACACUAAGGGGGAAAGUAGAUACCAGGCAAGUGAAGGGCUGGUCUGAGGAGGCUACGCUGGCCCUGCAAGGCUGCUUGGACUGCACUUUAUGGGAGGAGUUUGUCCAAUCCUCACGGGACAUAGAUGAACUGACUGAAGUGGUCAGCUCAUGGGUUGCAUAUUGUGAGGACACGCCUUACAGCUGUGAUCAGUGUGGGGCAGCUUUCACACGACAGAGUACCCUUAUAAUACAUCAACGCAUUCACACUGGAGAGAAGCCUUACAGCUGUGAUCAAUGUGGUAAAAAAUUUUCUAGGAGUGAUAGCCUAGAAAUCCACCGACGUAUUCACACUGGAGAGAAGCCGUACUGGUGUGAUCUAUGUGGUACAGCGUUUUCUCAGAGUGGUCACCUAGAAAGCCACAGAAGUGUUCACACUAGAGAUAAACCGUACAGCUGUGAACAAUGCGGGGCAGCAUUCAUGUAUUUAAAUAGGUUACAAUCCCACCGACGUGUUCACACUGGAGAGAAGCCGUUCUGGUGUGAACAAUGUGGGAAAAUGUUUUCUCAGAGUAGGUACCUUAAAAGACACCAGCGCAUUCACACUGGAGAGAAGCCGUACUGGUGUGAACAAUGUGGAAAAACUUUUUCUCAAAGUACUGACCUUAAAAAACACCAGCGCAUUCACACGGGAGAGAAGCCGUACUGGUGUGAACAAUGUGGUAAAACUUUUUCUCAGAUUGGUAACCUUAAAUCUCACCAGCGCGUUCACACUGUCUCAUUGUGAACAUGUUUCAGAGCCAAGCUGUUUCCUCCUGCCUCCUCCUGGCUAGGACUACACAUUACACUCGCUCCCUUUGAAGGGAUUUAUUCCAAUCAAAAUUAGAUAUUAUUUUCCUGUAAUAAAAUAUGAGUUAAUUUUAUGGAGCAAUAAAAACAAUGUUUAAAAUGGAAUUAUUAAACACUCAUUGAAACAAUCAUUAAACAAAAUGGUUAAAAUAAAAUUUGCCAUCACAAUACCCAAAUUAAAAGUGGUACAGCUUCCAUAUACUUUGACACUCUGGGGUUUGCCUGACAUCACUGUAACAUUUAAAUCUAACUGGUCCGAGCAAAUGUCGGUCGUUUCAACGUGUUGCCUGACAUGUUGUCAUCGGCUUGUCCUCUUUCAUUGGCCAUACCAGAGGCAAACCUGAACGCAUUGGCUAAUGUGAGCUACCAAUGGAAAGCUUAGAAGCUAGCGAAUACGAUGACGCCCACUACAAGCAUGUAGGAAGCUGGGGAAAAAAGCGAGCGGCGAUUGAAGUGUGGAAAUGGAAAACUGUUACGCUUUUUUUCGUUGUGAUUCGGCCAGAAACUUCAACAUUGUGAGACGAACAGAUCGUUUUGGAAUAUAAAGCUUGGAUAUUACAGUUCCUUGGACUCUUGGGGAUUUAUGAACAUCAAGUUUUGGGCAAAAUACCACUUUGUUGCUGAAAGGACAACGAAAACAGGUAUGCAUGCACUCUCAACACCAGACACCAGCUGCGCAGAUUACGGCUGAAUUGUUUUAUUUUCUGUUACUUUGUAACAGUUGUGUAACUGCUAUAAAUCAUCUUAUGCUUUGUAUGUGGUCUUAAAUUAAUCAUUAGAGGCUAAGCUUUCAAUUGGUGUGUUGCAUGGCUGUAUAUUUUGAAGAUUUAAUGCUUUAAAGAUAUAAAAACGCUAAUUAGUGGAAAUUUUAUCGAGGUUACAGCGACGCCAAAGUCACAAAGUGUCCCGUUAACGGGACAGUGAUCCUUGAGAGGUUCUGAAACGCAAGUAUCAAACGUGAAACGCAAGUAGCUUUGUGGGCGGAUCUCGGGCACUGUUACUAUUAUACCGACGGGAUAAAUGAGUCUUGCGUCCGACGCAAAUCUGAAAUGGGUUGGGCUGAAGUAGCUAGGUGUGGUUUGGGCGUAACGUGCAAUAAACCAAUCAGAGCAUCAUCUCACAUUCCCUUUAAGAGCA